UAGAUUCUUCUAUCUGGUACACAUUCCUAUGCUUCUCUCUCUCUCUCUCUCUCUCACAAAUAUCUCAGACAGGCCCCUCUGUUUCUCUUCCAUUUUUCUCUGAUCUCUAACAGUCGGUGAAUCUCCAUGCCUCCUGAUCACGACUACCGCAACCAAACACCACCGGUGGUACAACCACCGUCAAAAGCAAACCCGAAAUUCCUGUCGCUCCUCCUGAAGGCCAUCAUAAUGAUCCUCCUCACCACCCUCUUCUUCCUCUUCCUCGGCCUCGCCUCCGCCGGUUUGCUGCUCCUCCACCUGUCCCUCUCCUCCCACCGCCAGCGCCACCGCCGCACUUCUCUCCCCUCCAACACCCCGUCUUCUGGGCUCCCCCCCGCAGACCUCAACACCCUCCCCCACUUCAGAUUGAAGAAGACCGUCCGGAAGAACGGCCCCGUAGAAGGAGAUGAAUGCGUGGUCUGCCUCGACGCUUUCAGGGACGGCCAGUGCUGCAGGAAGCUCGCCGCUUGCGGUCACGUCUUCCACAAGAGAUGCUUGGACUCGUGGCUCGUCAAGGUCGCCGCCUGUCCGAUUUGCCGGGCUCGUGUUCGAUUAAAUGCGGCAACGAAGGGUUCGAUGUUGGGUUUGGAGGACGAGGAUAAGCAGUCCUGGGGGGUUUGGUAGGGCUUGUAAUUAUUGUGCAAGCAUCAUAGAUCUUUCCUUGAGGAUUUCUGGGGAAAUGAUUGGUGCGAGUCUUCUCAAGUUUAUCACGUGUUUCAAUUAAAGUACGAUGACUAAGGUUCACAAAAAUAGAUGGGCAGGGUAAUGGGUUUGACUGUGGGUAAUUUGCCCCGUAGUAGGAAACUUAGCUUGAGAAGUUUACUGGCCAAAAUAAAAACUUGAGAAGCCUAUAGUUUAGGUUAUUGCAAUUUCGUUUUUUUUCUUUUCUUUUUCUUUUUCUUUUUCACCAUGUAUUUAAAUAUAUGACUUACUCAUCUCUGCUAGUGUAAUUUUGGGUUUUUUUUUCGAUAAGAAUGACUAACAAACAGUCAAUGUCAUUGCCCGUGAGAUAAAGCUAGUGCAGUGUAGGUAUCCUGUUUUGGAGUAGCAUUGUGCAUGAUGAGUUAAUCUUCUAAAGAAACUUUGCAAAACAUUCUUCUACAGAAGAAUAGUGCAUUGCUCCAGCUUUUGAUUGAAAGAACAUUAGUCUGCAAAAGCUAAUGUAUAUUUGAAUUGCAAUGUUGUUGUUUUUGUUGUAUACGUGAUAAGAGGAAAAUGAAGAAUUGUAGGCUCUGAUACUAAUUGUAAUGUACUCAGUGGUAGUGGAACAUUCAAGUUGCAGAAA